AUGUACACAACUAACAUUAAAUAUACAUACACCCUACAUCAUAAGUAUGAAAAGAAAUUGUUUCAUUGCAUGGAUAGCUAUAUUGGUGGCCAUUGUGCUUGGUUUAUUGUACAUUCUACUAUCAAGAUUCUUGCCGAUGGAUUAUGUAUCGAUAGAGGUGAUACCUGCAUCAAUGUUGAAUGGACAAGUAGAGGGAUAUUCUUUCGGUACGAUUGGGCAUUCUCUGACACUGACACGGUGCGUGAUGGUUCAUCACAACAACUACACAACUUUAACGGUACGACAUGGCACAAUGCAACGGUUACUGUUAGUCGUCGUAUCCCAGGUAAUAGUGUAAACUCCUCCAUCACUCUAUCAUGGUAUACUCUUGGUAACAAUACUGUUAUCAUCCCUGCCAACUCUAUACAAUCUAUGAGUAAUCUUACCUCUCUGACUACUACACUCAUUUGGCCAGAUAAUAUGAUUACACCUCCGUCACCCGGUAUGAUUAUAGCCGGAAAUGAUAAUGGUGGUUUCGUAAACACCAUCACCCAAGUUGUAUCCUACUCAAAUGUAUCAAGAGUUGCCACAAUCAUUACAGGUAAUGCAUCUAUCGCAGAUGUCUUCUCUGAUGCAUUUCUUGCCGGUAACCCACAGUUUGCUCCCGUCAAUAUUUCAGGUGAAUCAAAUUCGUCGUCGUCGUCGUUCCAAAGAGCAUCAUUUGUCAACCAACAACAGUCAUCGUCAUCAUUGUCAUCAGCAGCAAGUACAGCAUGGUCUAAUAUCCUCAAGUUUUUGUGGAAGGAUCAUUCCUUUACAAUUGAUGGAUCUGCAUCGGCAUCGAUUGAUUUUGAUCCGACACUAUCAUUCUCUCCCAACUUGUAUCAUCGUAUUGUUAUCUCGGGACAUACCUUUCAAGAAGUUACAUUGGUUGCAGAGGGUGAACUAACUGUAGGGUUCAUGUUGUAUGUGCAGACUGCUGGAUCACUCACCAUCACACCUUGGUCGUACGAAUAUAGUCCUCCAAAUAUACUUGGUAUCAUCACACUACCAGUACUCAACAUUCCACUUGUCGUCAAUUGGCACGUCACAUUUGGUGUCUCACUAUCAGUGUCUAUGCAAGAGAGCUUUAGUAUGGGUGCAACCGAUACAUUCAAUGCUGUGCUAGGUGCAUCGUAUACAAAGACCGAUGGAUUCAACUCGAUCAGUUCAUUCCAGAGUAAUCCAAUCCUAACACCUUUAAAUAGUCAUGCCAACUCUUGUUCGGCAGCUGUUGCAACUACUGUCGGUGCAGGCAUCACUUUUACAAUGUUUGGUAUUACUCCACAAUUGGCUAUUGAUUUACAAGCAGGUCUACAAUUAUCACGUACCUUUAAUGCACAGUAUUCAAUGUGUCCGUGUGUAUCUGCAUUUGGAAACAAACAAAUAGCGAAUCAACUUAGUUUUGUUUGGGGACCGACAGUGUCACUCACACUACUCAUCUUUUCCAAGUCAUGGGAUAUAUAUCCACAAUCAAAUACUCUUGUUAGUACAUGUGAUGACGCAAUCGCCGACACAUGUGGAAGUUGCUAUUGUCAAAGUUUAUGGAAGUGUUGUCCAUGGGCAUAUUGUCCAAUUUGGCUGAAAUAUCAGUGUCUAUGUAUGCUUAGAUACGAUGGCAAGGGUGUAUGUGCCCAAAAUGAUUACUGUCCGAAUUAUACGUGUCGUACCGAUUCAGAUUGUCCCAGUGACUACACUUGUAUCAUCUCUCAAAACUGUAAUCCAAAGAAUCAAUGUGUACAAAAGUGUGGUCAGGUACAAGACAGUACUAGUAUGACAGCUAAUUUUAUUGCAAUAGAAGGUGGUGGUGGAAAUACAUCCCGUGUUUUAAUUUAUAAUGAUGAAUGA